AGCGCUGCUGGUUAAAAUGAUUCAGCAAGAAACCACGCCCCACCAAAGCUAUCCCACCCUGCCCUGGUCCUGGAGCUUUACUUGCCGAGCACUUCUACCCAGCCUUGGCCCACUACAUGUUACCCUUCAUUCACCCAGCCAUGUGGCUGGCCAUUCUGCUUGCCCUCUGCUGCCUAACUUCUGACACCCAUGGGGCACACCCCCCAGAUUUUUGUUCCAAAGAUUUGAACUCCAGUGUGAAGCCAGGAUUCCCCAAAACAAUAAAGACCAAUAAUCCAGGAGUGCUUAAGGCCGCCAGGCACAGCGUGGAAAGGUUCAACAACUGCACAAAUGACAUCUUUUUGUUCAAAGAGUACUAUGUCAGCAAAGCCAUGGUACAGGUGGUGAAAGGUCUGAAAUAUAUGCUGGAGGUAAAAAUCGGUCGAACUACAUGCAGGAAGACCAUGCGCCACCAACUAGACAACUGUGACUUCCAAACCAACCCUGCCUUGAAGCGGACACUAUACUGCUACUCUGAAGUGUGGGUCAUCCCCUGGCUCCACAGUUUCAAGGUGCUUGUUCUCCGCUGCCAAUGACUUCUGUUUCUUCAGCAAGGCUGCAGCUGUGAUAAAUAUACACUCAUGUUUUCCCCACGCCUUACUUUCUACCCCAGCCUGGCCAUCUCAGAUCCUCAGGGCUUGCUUACCAGUGAGCAGACUGACAUGCCAAUGGGUCAUAAGGGGGCUGGGAUGGGAGACUAGUGUCCUCCUCGCCAGAUUAACUGUAUUCACACUUUCUUCUAAAAUUAAUACUUCUGGUGCGACACACCUAGAUUCAGGAUGUGGGCAUGCAAAGAAUCCUUUGAUGACAUUACUGGAGCAUGGGUAGAGCAAAGCAGAUACAGUCAACAAGGAGGUAGUGUGGGAGGCUUCUUGAUGCCUGACUGCAUGAACAGAUUCUAUAUCCAUCUCAUCUACUACCAUCAGACUAUUAUUAGUUGGGGAUGGUUUAUCACAAAUAAAAAGCUGAUCAUCUAAAAG